CUUCAAAUUCACUUUCACACCAUGCCGGACCAACAAGUAUUCUUCGACAUUGAAAUCGGCGGCAAGAAGAGCGGCCGCAUCGUCUUUCGUCUGUACGGGGACACGCCCAAGACCAGCGAGAACUUCCGUGCGUUGUGCACGGGCGAGAAGGGCGUUGGCAAGUCUACCCGCAAGCCGUUGACGUACAAGGGCUCCAUCUUCCACCGCAUCAUCGACGGGUUCAUGUGCCAAGGCGGAGACUUCUCCAACCGCAACGGCACGGGCGGCGAGUCCAUUUACGGCGCCAAGUUCAAGGAUGAGAACUUCAUCCACAAGCACUCCAAGGCGGGUCUGCUGAGCAUGGCCAACGCCGGCCGUCACACGAACGGCAGCCAGUUCUUCAUCACGCUCGCGGCCACCAAGCACCUCAACAACAAGCACGUCGUGUUCGGCGAAGUGGUCUCGGGCAUGCAAGUGGUGCGCGCCAUGGCGGCCGUCCCCAAGGGCCGCAACGACAAGCCUACCAAGGACGUGGUGAUCGUCGACUGCGGCGAGUACGUGGCCGAAGCCAAACCAGCAGCCGACAAGCCCAAGGACAAGAAGCGCAAGCAGACGGCAGACGAGGCUGCCAAGCCGGACGCCAAGAAGGCGGAAGGUAUCACGAAGAAGGGCGGGGAUGACAAGAAGGCGAAAGGUGAAGUGGAUGUGAACAAGGCGGCUGACGACGAUGAGCCCGCCGCCAAGAAGCAAAAGGCAUAAACCACAAUCUGACAACGAAUGUAUUAUACAUUGUCAUAUCCAGUUGGACAAAAC